GGGCCUGAGCCGUGGGAUGCGGUCGGUCAGUUAUGUGGAGAGAGUGGCACUGGACUUCAGUGGAAACCUGUUCACACAGGCCAUCUGCUUGGGAGACACCGACAACGACGGGUUAAAUGAGCUUGUGGUUGGGGAUACCAAUGGGAAACUGUAUGUGUAUAAGGGUGAUGACUGCAAGCCAUGGCUUACCCGAUCUUGUAUAGGAAUGGUAACAUGUGUUGGUGUAGGAGACAUCUGCAAUAAAGGGAAGAAUUUUGUUGUAGCUGUUGGUGCUGAGGGCUGGUUCCAUAUCUUUGAUCUCAGUGGGAUAGCAACUAAAUCAGAGACUUCCAGUCACCAUGACUUCCUAUUUGGCGAUGAACAGAAAGCAUUUUUUACACAGCACAUCCCUGCUAACACCAAAGUAAUGCUCAUCAGUGAUAUAGAUGGAGAUGGAAAGUGUGAAAUGGUAGUAGGUUACACUGACCGUGUAGUGAGGGCAUUCCGUUGGGAAGAUUCUUCUGAUGGUUCUGGGCAGCUGGUCCUACUAAAAAAGUGGCUUCUGGAAGGACAGGUAGAUAGUCUUACUGUGAAUCCAGGGCCUGAUGGGACCCCAGAACUGAUGGUCUCACAGCCAGGCUGUGGGUAUGCAGUUCUGCUGUGUACCUGGCGAUUGGAUCAAGAGAGGGUACCAGAAAGAGAUCCAUCUGAUGUCUCUAGCAGUGAGGGUCUUAUCCGGGAUGUUGUCCUUCGCCAAACUUCGGGCAGAAUUCACAACAAAAAUGUUUCCACUCACUUAAUUGGUAGCAUCAGUAGAGGCAGUCAAGAGGAAAAUGUAAAGUUCUGUUUACUAUCUGUUUGCACAGGUACCCUGAAGCUGAUGGAUGGGUCCGACAAACUUCUGUGGUCUGUUCAAGUGGAUCAUCAGCUGUUUGCCUUGGAAAAGUUGGAUGUAACAGGUGAUGGACGAGAGGAAGUAGUGGCCUGUGCUUGGGAUGGUCAAACCUAUAUCAUUGAUCAAAACAGGUCUGUUGUCCGGUUUCAGUUUGAUGAGAAUGUCAGUGCAUUUUGUGCUGGUAUUUAUGCAUGCAAAAAUGGUCGGAAUAGUCCCUGUCUGGUGUAUGUCAGCUUCAACCACAAAAUCUAUAUCUAUUGGAGGGUGGAGUUAGAGAGAAUGGAAUCUACCAAUAUGUUGAAGGUAUUGGAAACAGAUGAGUUCCACAGCCUGCUACAAGGAACAUCAGUGGAUGUAAAUAACAGCAGUGCUGUCCAAGCCAUGCUACACCAGACACUCUACUUUCCUGACAAACUUUCAGGAUAUAUCAACAAGGAGGACAAGUUGCACAAACUAUGUUAGUCUGGACUGUCUGUUCAACCUUAAACUAUGUGGGGAAAAAUGGCAAUGACUGCAAGUUUUUAUGAUCUAUGUUGGUAAACCAACAAAACUGGCUUCUCAUUUCUCCACGUCGCAAUCCGGAGACCUAUGGAUAAACAGUUGAGAACAAUUUUAACCAAAGGAGAAGCAUGUUAAUGACUUUGCAACAAGUAAAUAAAAUUAAAUCUUACAUGGAACUUCAGAGUAAUCCAUAUCGAUACUUGCAGAGGGAUAUAAGCCCAAAUUAAUGUUUCUCAUGUUAUAAAUAGAUUCAUAAGUGAAUAAUAUAUUUAAUAGUUUUCUUUCCCAAUUUAAAACAUCUGAGUGUCAUGAAUUGUGUAUGUCUUAGCAGUGGUUACGUAACAGGAGAAAGAAAUAAGACUGGCAAAGCAGUUUUAAUGAGCCACAAAGCCUUAGAUGCUUUGCGAAAUAUACUGCUGUAUUUCCAGGUCUUGACCUUUUGCAGAAUAUUGCCAACUGUUGGAAUCUUCUAGGAAAAGGUGAGGACUGCAGAUGCUGGAGAUUACAGUUGAAAGCGUGUCG